AUGUGGGAGCGCGAGCUUCGGCAGCAGCUCGUGCGCCAUGAGCAGGAAGAGCUGAUGCAGAUGGUGUUGAGUGAGGAAAAGACAUUGUUCCCCGCCAUGGCGGCCCUCCGCGACGCAAACGCCCUUAGCGUGAUGCAGGAGGAGGUGAUGUGGCGUUGGGGCAUACAAAACGAUUACCACCACUUUCUGCGUGACGUGAUGCAGGUGCUGGAGGUGCUGCACCGCCGCUCUUUCUCCUUCGCCGAUGAGCCGCGGUGCCGCAAGGUGAUUGAAGACUCCGAGAGGCAACACUGGAUCGCGGCGCGGCAGCGGCAAGUGACGCGCGAGACGCAGGAGGCCGCCGCGGCGGAAAAGGAGGACCGAGCGAUGCGCCUUGCGUACUUUGCACACAUCCAACAGCAGCUCUACCAGAUCUUCUUGCUGGAGGAAAGUGAGCGAGAUGACCGGAUGGAGGUGGAGCGGCUGCAGCGGCUGUAUGCCAGUAGUCUUGUGGAGGCGAUGGCGAAGGAGUACCGCCACGCGCGUCUCUGUCAGCUGAAGUACGAGGCAAGGCGUUUCGAACUGCAACCUGAGGUCACGCGUGACCUGGUCGCUGACGAGGCUCUGCAUCGCUCGUGGCUGUGCCAGGACCAGGCGCUGGGCUUCAAGAAGGUGCAGGCGGAUGAGAUCCGAAGCUACCUCGCCUCCGCCCGGCAAGAGCUUCUCAACCAACGCGUGGAGGAGGGCUGA